AUCUACCAUCUUGCAGCAGCAGUUCAACCGGACAGGGAAGGUGGAGCAUGGCUCUGUGGCACUACCAGCUGUUAUGCGUUCAGGGUCCAGUGGCCCAGAGACUUUCAACAUUGGCAUCAUGCCUUCUCCUCAGCAACAAGUCACAAUUGGUCAGAUGCACAGAGGACAUAUGCCGCCGCUUACCUCAGCUCAGCAGGCCUUGAUGGGGACUAUUAAUACCAGUAUGCAUGCCGUUCAACAGGCACAAGCUGAUCUCAGUGAAGUUGAUAACCUGCCACCUCUAGGGCAGGACAUGGCAUCAAGAGUAUGGGUUCAGAACAAGGUUGAUGAAUCAAAACACGAAAUACACUCUCAGGUUGAUGCUAUCACUGCAGGAACUGCGUCUGUUGUUAACCUUACAGCAGGGGACCCAGUUGACACUGAUUACACUGCUGUGGGAUGUGCAAUUACAACCAUCUCUUCCAACCUCACUGAGAUGUCUAAAGGUGUGAAACUGCUUGCUGCUCUCAUGGAUGAUGAAAUUGGAAGUGGAGAAGACCUCCUGAAAGCUGCUCGAACACUGGCCAGUGCUGUCUCAGACUUGCUGAAGGCUGUGCAACCUACUUCAGGAGAGCCUCGACAGACAGUUUUGACUGCAGCUGGAAGCAUUGGGCAAGCAAGCGGGGAGCUACUGAGACAAAUUGGAGAGAAUGAAACAGAUGAAAGGUUCCAGGAUGUUCUCAUGAGUCUGGCCAAAGCUGUUGCAAACGCUGCUGCUAUGUUAGUGCUGAAGGCCAAGAAUGUAGCACAGGUUGCUGAGGAUACAGUCCUGCAGAAUCGGGUCAUCGCUGCUGCUACACAGUGUGCACUUUCUACUUCCCAGCUUGUGGCUUGUGCAAAGGUUGUGAGUCCUACCAUCAGCUCUCCAGUAUGUCAGGAACAGCUGAUUGAGGCAGGGAAACUGGUAGAUCGGUCAGUGGAGAACUGUGUGAGGGCCUGCCAGGCUGCCACAGAUGACACUGAGUUACUGAAGCAGGUCAGUGCAGCUGCCAGCAUUGUCAGCCAAGCCCUGAACGACCUCUUGCAGCAUGUCCGCCAGUUUGCGAGCCGGGGAGAGCCCAUUGGACGCUAUGACCAGGCUACAGAUACCAUCAUGUGUGUCACAGAGAGCAUUUUCAGUUCGAUGGGAGAUGCUGGUGAAAUGGUACGGCAGGCCAGGGUACUGGCUCAAGCCACUUCUGAUCUUGUCAAUGCCAUGAGGUCAGAUGCCGAAGCAGAAAUCGACAUGGACAACUCUAAGAAGCUUCUGGCUGCUGCAAAGCUCCUGGCAGAUUCUACAGCCCGCAUGGUUGAAGCUGCAAAGGGAGCUGCAGCCAAUCCUGAAAAUGAGGAUCAACAGCAACGUCUGAGAGAAGCAGCAGAGGGACUGCGGGUUGCUACAAAUGCUGCUGCACAGAAUGCCAUCAAGAAGAAAAUUGUUAACAGAUUAGAGAUUGCAGCUAAACAAGCCGCGGCUGCUGCUACUCAGACUAUUGCAGCUUCUCAGAAUGCAGCUGUUUCAAAUAAGAACACAGCAGCCCACCAGCAACUUGUGCAGAGCUGUAAGAAUAUUGCAGACCACAUUCCUCAGCUGGUGCAGGGUGUAAGAGGAAGUCAAGCUCAGGCAGAAGACCUCAGUGCCCAGCUUGCUCUAAUAAAUUCCAGCCAGAACUUCCUUCAGCCUGGAAGUAAAAUGGUGGCAUCUGCUAAAGCUGCAGUCCCCACGGUGACUGAUCAAGCAGCGGCAAUGCAGCUAAGUCAGUGUGCAAAGAACCUUGCUACCAGCUUAGCUGAGCUGCGAACCGCCUCCCAGAAGGCUCAUGAAGCAUGUGGCCCAAUGGAAAUCGAUUCUGCUUUGAACACAGUCCAGACACUCAAAAAUGAACUGCAAGAUGCGAAGAUGGCAGCUGUGGAUGGACAGUUAAAACCUCUCCCAGGAGAAACUCUUGAGAAAUGCACUCAGGACCUGGGAAGUACAUCCAAAGCAGUCGGCUCAUCAAUGGCUCAGUUGUUAACUUGUGCUGCUCAAGGCAACGAGCAUUACACAGGAGUUGCUGCCAGAGAAACUGCUCAGGCUUUGAAGACUUUGGCUCAGGCAGCACGAGGGGUUGCAGCAUCUACUACCGACCCUGUGGCAGCACAUGCAAUGUUGGAUUCAGCAAGGGAUGUCAUGGAAGGCUCUGCUAUGCUUAUUCAGGAGGCGAAGCAGGCCCUGGCUGCACCAGGGGAUGCAGACAGUCAGCAGAGAUUAGCCCAGGUGGCAAAAGCCGUGUCUCACUCCUUGAAUAACUGCGUGAAUUGUCUGCCUGGACAAAAGGAUGUGGAUGUGGCCUUGAAGAGUAUUGGGGAGUCUAGCAAGAAGCUCCUUGUUGAUUCGCUACCUCCAAGUUCUAAGUCAUUUCAAGAAGCUCAGAGUGAGCUGAACCAGGCAGCCGCAGACCUGAAUCAGUCAGCAGGAGAAGUUGUCCAUGCUACACGGGGCCAAAGUGGGGAACUGGCUGCAGCCUCUGGAAAAUUCAGUGAUGAUUUUGAUGAAUUUCUUGAUGCUGGUAUUGAAAUGGCUGGCCAAGCGCAAACUAAAGAGGACCAGAUUCAAGUAAUAGGUAACCUCAAGAGCAUCUCUAUGGCUUCCAGCAAGCUGUUACUAGCUGCCAAGUCUCUGUCUGUUGAUCCUGGGGCUCCUAAUGCCAAGAACCUCUUAGCAGCAGCAGCAAGAGCUGUGACUGAGAGUAUCAACCAGCUCAUCACGCUGUGCACCCAGCAAGCUCCCGGGCAGAAGGAAUGUGAUAAUGCACUCAGAGAACUGGAGACAGUUAAGGGAAUGCUGGAUAACCCCAAUGAACCUGUGAGCGAUCUCUCCUAUUUUGAUUGUAUUGAGGGCGUAAUGGAAAACUCAAAGGUUCUUGGAGAAUCAAUGGCGGGCAUUUCCCAGAAUGCAAAAACUGGGGAUCUCUUAGUCUUUGGAGAAUGUGUUGGAGUUGCAUCCAAGGCUCUUUGUGGCCUCACAGAGGCAGCAGCUCAGGCUGCUUACCUGGUUGGCAUCUCGGAUCCAAACAGUCAGGCUGGCCAGCAGGGUCUUGUUGACCCAAUUCAAUUUGCCAGAGCCAAUCAAGCAAUCCAGAUGGCUUGCCAGAAUUUGGUAGAUCCAGCAAGCAGCCCAUCACAGGUGUUAUCAGCUGCCACAAUUGUGGCCAAACAUACUUCUGCUUUGUGCAAUGCUUGCCGCAUUGCUUCCUCAAAGACAGCAAAUCCCGUUGCCAAGAGACACUUUGUGCAGUCUGCCAAGGAAGUUGCAAACAGCACUGCUAACCUGGUUAAAACUAUCAAGGCCCUGGAUGGUGAUUUCUCUGAAGAGAACCGCAACAAGUGCAGAAUUGCUACUGCACCUUUGAUAGAGGCUGUGGAAAAUCUGACAGCAUUUGCUUCAAAUCCAGAAUUUGUCAGCAUCCCUGCACAGAUCAGCACUGAGGGAUCACGAGCACAGGAACCAAUUCUAGUUUCUGCUAAAACAAUGUUGGAAAGCUCAUCUUUAUUGAUCAAAACUGCUCGUUCUCUGGCUAUAAAUCCAAAAGACCCUCCUACGUGGUCUGUACUUGCUGGGCAUUCCCAUACUGUCUCAGAUUCUAUCAAGAGUCUUAUCACCUCUAUCAGGGACAAGGCCCCAGGCCAGCGAGAAUGUGAUUUCUCCAUUGAUGGGAUCAACAGAUGCAUCAGAGACAUUGAGCAAGCCUCUCUUGCAGCCGUCAGUCAGAGUCUGGCCACCAGGGAUGACAUCUCAGUUGAGGCUCUACAGGAGCAGCUGACAUCGGUCGUCCAGGAAAUUGGUCACCUCAUUGAUCCCAUAGCCACUGCAGCUCGGGGAGAGGCAGCUCAGCUUGGGCACAAGGUAACACAGCUGGCAAGUUACUUUGAACCCUUGGUUUUAGCUGCAGUUGGCGUGGCAUCCAAAACACUAGAUCAUCAGCAACAGAUGACUGUUUUGGACCAGAGCAAAACACUAGCAGAAUCUGCCCUACAGAUGUUAUAUGCCGCCAAAGAAGGGGGAGGAAACCCCAAGGCAUCCCAUACUCAUGAUGCAAUCACUGAGGCCGCUCAGCUGAUGAAAGAGGCCGUGGAUGAUAUCAUGGUUACGUUAAACGAAGCUGCAAGUGAAGUAGGCAUGGUUGGAGGUAUGGUAGACUCAAUAGCAGAGGCAGUGAGCAAGCUGGAUGAAGGUACACCUCCAGAUCCCAAGGGAACAUUUGUUGAUUAUCAGACCACUGUGGUGAAAUAUUCUAAAGCCAUUGCUGUAACAGCACAAGAAAUGAUGACUAAGUCGGUUACUAACCCAGAAGAGUUGGGAGGACUUGCAUCACAAAUGACCAAUGACUAUGGGCAUUUGGCUCUCCAGGGCCGAAUGGCUGCAGCUACAGCAGAACCAGAGGAGAUAGGAUUCCAGAUCAGGACUAGGGUGCAAGAACUCGGCCAUGGUUGUAUCUUUCUUGUGCAAAAAGCUGGAGCUCUGCAGAUUUGCCCUACAGACAGCUACACCAAAAGGGAGUUGAUAGAAUGCGCUCGUGCUGUCACGGAAAAGGUCUCCUUAGUUUUGUCUGCCCUUCAAGCAGGAAACAAAGGCACGCAAGCCUGUAUUACUGCCGCUAGUGCCGUGUCUGGGAUUAUUGCAGAUCUAGACACAACUAUCAUGUUUGCUACUGCUGGAACCCUUAAUGCUGAGAACAAUGAAUCAUUUGCAGACCACAGGGAAAAUAUCCUGAAAACAGCAAAAGCUUUAGUUGAAGAUACAAAAUUGUUGGUUUCUGGUGCUGCCUCGAGUCAGGACAAACUGGCCCAAGCAGCUCAGUCAUCAGCGAACACCAUCACUCAGCUUGCUGAGGUAGUAAAAUUGGGAGCUGCUAGCUUGGGCUCCGGUGAUCCUGAAACACAGGUUGUCCUGAUCAAUGCUAUCAAGGAUGUUGCAAAGGCCCUUUCUGAUCUCAUUGGUGCUACCAAAGGAGCUGCCAGCAAACCAGCAGAUGAUCCAUCCAUGUACCAGCUGAAAGGCGCUGCCAAGGUGAUGGUAACAAAUGUCACAUCGCUUUUGAAGACUGUUAAAGCAGUAGAAGAUGAAGCUACUCGAGGGACAAGAGCUCUUGAGGCCACGAUUGAGUACAUCAAGCAGGAACUCACGGUGUUUCAGUCAAGCGAGGUUCCAGAAAAGACAUCAUCACCUGAAGAAUCAAUCCGGAUGACGAAAGGAAUCACCAUGGCAACUGCCAAAGCUGUUGCAGCUGGGAACUCAUGCAGACAGGAGGAUGUGAUUGCUACAGCAAAUCUGAGCCGCAAAGCAGUAGCUGACAUGCUAACAGCUUGUAAG